AUGGGCAGCAUCCAGUCCCCCAAGGAUGCAGAGCAUCCGCCUCAGCGCAUCUUUUUGGUCACCUAUCCGCGCACCGCAUCCAAUCUGCUUCUAAAGAUGCUCGCACUCGAUGACCAGCCCAAUACGUUGUCCAACAAAAUUGGAGGUUAUUACUUUCGACCAGCCUUUUUGAAGUCCAGAAUGACGGGAAAGCCCUAUAGACCGAUGGGACAUCUGAGCAGCGAGGAGGCCCAGGAUAUGCAACGUGUCUUCCAAGAAUGUUUUGAGGAGCUAGAGCGUGAUUCGAACGCUGCUAUUGAACAGGGCAAGCAUUACUUCGUCAAGGAACACGCCCUCUGGCUCUUCAAUCCUACGGAUAUCAGUGUCACUCUCGGCGAGCAGAAUGCCCACCCAGAAUCGUUAUUCCGAGUUCAGCAGAACUGUUCAUCGUCCAUCUCGACUUGGUCUUCGAAGAAUCAAACCGUCCUACCCGAUGAGGCUUUGCGAAAGUGGUGUCUAGUCUUUCUGAUUAGGCAUCCCGCCCUAGCCUUCCCGUCUUACUAUCGAGCUAUGCUGGAGCUUCGAGAAGAGGGAUAUUUGCAUGAGUCGGAGUUCCAGCCACAUUUGCAAGCAAAUAUGACACUUCAAUGGACUCGAUUACUCUAUGAUUGGUCCUGCGAGCAGGGAUCUGAACCGCUGAUGCUAGAUGCGGAUGAUGUCAUCUCGAAUCAGGCAGCUAUCGUCCGAUUCUGCGAGACUACCGGGCUAGAUCCGUCUCAGCUGAAGUUUAGUUGGGAUUUUGUGCCUAGCGGAGGACAGGCGGAUUCUCCCUCUGAAAGCGAGACUAAGAAAUCCUUGGGCGUGGUCAUGGAAAAGACAUUGUUGAAUUCAUCAGGCGUGUUGAAAGGGAAGAGUAGCGAUGGUAUUGACAUUGCAACCGAGUAUGAUAAAUGGAAGAAGGACUUUGGCCAGGAGAUUGGCGAUAUUUUGGAGAAAUCCGUCAGAGCCGCGAUGCCUGACUAUGAAUAUCUCAGGGCGAGGAGACUAGACAGCAAGACUACCUAA